CCACACAGAAUGGAAAGUCCACAGACCGAGGAGCUCCAUCAGUGGGAAUGUGUUGUUGAGAGAAAUCAACUCCGCUUUCAUGAUUUUCCUCUUUAUGGAAAGUUAGCUGGAACACGUCCGGAAGCCUUCCCGUCUAUUACGUCACAAAGCCUGAUCCAGUGUGUAAGCUGAAACCUGAGUUUGACAAUCUGGAUGACCACAAUGGCAGCGAGCAUUAAAGACCCUGAAUUAUAUUUGCUUUGACAGCAUCGCAAGAUUCCUUUAAAGUCUGGCAGGAAUAUUACUGAAAUCUAGUUUCAUUUCACUUGGUGGAUUAAAAGAUUGCCAUAAUGCCCAUUCUUAAGCAGCUGGUGUCCAACAGUAACCAGUCAAAGCGCCGAUCUCGGGCUGACUUGACUGCAGAGAUGAUCAGUGCGCCACUAGGAGAUUUCCGCCACACCAUGCACGUGGGCCGUGGGGGUGACGCCUUUGGAGACACAUCAUUUCUCUGCACCCGAUCAGGGGAACCACCACGGGAGGCGGAGAUGAAGCAUGGCUCCCCAGGCUCCAAACCUGGACUGCUGGCCCGCACCUUCAGAAGCAGCAAACGUUCUCAUUCAGUAAACCGUGCGGACAAGUACGAGUACAAUAUAAUGCCGCCAUCUAGUGGCUCAGCUAAUUUUGUGAAAACUGCCAUAUCCUUGCCUUAUCUAAAUGAAGAAGAUGUCAACAGAGGCAGCCAACUUCCGAAAAGUGUUUCUUCCAGCCCCUUGAAGACCUUGACAGAGAUCGACACCAAGCCCACAAAUGGAGCUGCAGCCAUGGCAACGCUGGAUGCAGAAUUUGAUGAGCGCAAUUUUGGCGAGUUGACAGAUUUGCCCCCUUCCAUGCCUAAGGGAUGUGGGAUGAAACACGCAGAUUCAAUGAUGUCAUUCCACAUCGACUUGGGGCCCUCCAUGCUCGGAGACAUCUUGAGCGUGAUGGAAAAGAAAGGAUGGGAGGAGGAUGACCUUGGCUACGAGGAAGGCAAAGGUAGCGAAGGUCGCGCAUCACCCUCUCACAUUCCUUCCAUAGAUGACGAAGAAGUCCACCCCCCUGCCAGGCCCCCUCGCAGCAUGUACCAGCAGAAUGCCAUUGACGAUCCCUACACCCCGGAGCUACACACCAGGAACGACCACGGUACCCUGGAUAGCUGCUCGGUGUCCAGCUCUGGUUCAGCCACAAUGGAGGAAAAACCUCAAUACCAUCUCCAUUAUGGUGACACGGACAGCGUAAAGUACAGUUCACCACGUAGAGAGGAUGACAAAGAUUUCUCCUUCAUGGACGAUGAUGAUGAUGAGAUUAGAGUGUAGGCCAUGAAGUGCUGGAAGAUACUAAUAUAACCUCCAUAUGUACUUGAUAGCUAUUACAUGCUGUUGAGGAGCAGGGGAGUGCAUUAAACCUCUUGUAGGUCAAUCUAAUCUCUGUACCCUUGCUGAUAUCAAGCACAAAAUUUGGAAAAGACAUUACCCCAUGUUGAUCUUUGUGCCUCUGAAUGCUGCAUAGACUAAGAAAACUCCAUAAUCUGUUGUGGCAUUAACAUUUAUUUUCACACCAAGCUCACAGUGACCACAAGGCUGGAAAACUUCAUCCCCACUCUUAAUCACACAAGUGUGACAUUUAAGGUUGUGUGAUGUGAGCAAAUAGACAUGAGGUCAAAAAACGACAAAUUCCAAGGACGAAAAGGGCGAUGUUGCACAAAGAGAGAAUAUGAGUGAUCUCACAGCUUGAGUUGCCACAAAUGUUGAUUUGGCAUUGACACUAAAUGGAAUAAAAGUCUUACUUUUGUAUCUACGUCUUUCUCCAAGGGGCACUUUUUUUUUUUUUACUUUUUUAAAAUGCAUAUACACUAUCAUGACGUUGCUCAACAGUAGCUCAUUGUAAUUGAUCAGAGUAGCAUAUCAGUGUCUAAUUCUUCCGGUAAUAGAUGCUCAUACUUUCUUAAUU